AUGUCAGGCACAGAUGUGUCCCUGAAGCGCAGCAGCAGCUAUGGAUAUCUGCCACCUUACAUGUCUGAGCUGAGGGUUGUUCUGCUGGGGAACAGCUGGUCAGAGAGGAGUUCAGUGGGGAACCUCAUACUGGGAAAGACUGUGUUCAACAAAGCACCUGAAUGCUGUGUGAAGAUCAGUGGACCAGUGGAGGAGAAGAAAAUAGUUGUCAUCAACACCCCAGAUCUGCUGGAUCCCAACAUCUCUGAACACAAACUGACAGAGUUUAUACAAGACUGUGUGAGACUCUCUGAUCCUGGACCUCAUGUGUUCCUGCUGGUUCUACAGCCUGAAGACUUCACUGAGGAACAGAAACUGAAGCUCUGCAGAGUCCUUCAACUCUUCAGUGAUCGAUCAUUUGAUCAUUCACUGGUUCUGAUAUCAACACCCAGAGAGGAGAGUUCAGGUUUGAUGGAAAACUCACCAUUAAAAGACAUGAUCGUAAAAUGUAGAUACAGAUACCUGACGCAGAAGAACCUGGACCGUGCAGAGCUGUUAACACGGUUGGGUCAAACUGCAAAGGAGAACAAUGGAGAACAUGUUUGUCAUGAAAGAUUUGAGGAACCAGAAGAAACUUUACCAGGUGAUCAUCAGAACCCAAAACAACAGAGAACAACAACUUCUAUCACAGAUGCUGUUAAAGCUGCUGGGCUGCAUGAGUUUAAACAAAUGACUCCACAGCUCUCACACUGUGAGAAAAACCCUCUGUCUUACACUUCUGUCCUCAGGAUUGUACUGCUGGGGAAAAGUGACGACAAAAAGACAAAACUUGGGAACUUGAUCAUUGGAAACCAAGUUUUUCAUUCCCAAAAACAAAUCAGGCAGUGUGUUGCCUCCUGUGGAGAGUGGAGAGGAAAACCAUUAACAGUGGUGAAAGCUCCAGACAUGUUCAGUCUGUCUGUGGAGACACUGAUAGAAGAGGUGAAGAAGUGUGAGACUCUUUGUUCUCCUGGACCAAAUGUUCUGCUGCUAGAAGAAGAGAGGAACACCAUCCACUGUCGACCAGCUGCUUCGAGACUGUGGAGGAAGACUCUUCAACAUGUUUGA